AUGCUCAUGUUUUUGCGCAUGCGUGUUUAAGCGUAAUGCGUGGACUUCAUAGCGUCAACUUUGUCAUUAUACCGUUGUUUAAAUUGUGGUGUUGUUAAAGGAAAAGAAGUUGUGGCUUGAGAUGAAUCAACAAUGCACACAAAGACGACAAAACGUUGAAAUCACGAAGAAUGAAAGCGAAAUCUGAGGGGAAAUAUUUCGUAUGUGUUGAGAUCAGUUGGCUGAACAGGUCAAUGUGCAUCACAGAAUCAGGAUGCUGUCCUGACUCAAGAUGACAAGCGAGAGAAUGAAAGGAAUACCUUUUAUGCUUGGUAUCCAGUAUUUCUAGAUCCCAGAUUUCACUCUAUUCCAUCUGCACUUUGGGGAUCACUGACUGGUUGAAUCAGUAACCUCCUUAAUAGAGGGAGGAAUUGAUGUAACUCUGUAACCGGGGAAAAUAUUAUAUUAUUGUAAUUGCUUUCAAUGGAAAGUUUAGAUGCUUGGAGUUUCUAAAUUAUCUUUCAGGAACACAUAAAUGUUAUAUUCAUCCCACAACUUUUCUCACUUUUUUAUUGAAUAGUUUCCUGAAUCAGAUUUUAAGUCUUGGUUGAAUAACAUGGCAUACAAUUCACUUGAUUUUUCAACUGGAAAUGAUUUCAUCUGCACAGAAUGUGGUGAAGGGUUUGGCCAGUACCCAAAACUGAUCAAUCACAUGGCAAAUCAUGGACCCAUUGGCCCAUUUUCUUCAAUUUCUGAAACUGCAGCUAAUGGUUGUGACAAACCUAUUGAAUUUGCACUUCAUGAAAAUGGAACACUCACAGUGGUUGAUAGAUCUGCUUUAUCAAACUUCUCAUUCUUGUUUGGAAAACCCAUGUCAAAGAUAUUGUCGAACCCAACACAUUAUCAGGAUUCCUUUCCAAGCAAAGUAGCAGAUAGAGACCAUGCCCAGUGUAGAUGUGAGAGAUGUGGUCAAGUGUUUAGGAACCAGAGAAGUUUACAACAACAUCAACGCUAUCGUCCCCUUGAACAAGGGUUUAAAUGUACCUUAUGUUGCAAGGUCUUUUAUGAUAGAGAGAGCCUUCGUGGGCACCUUCAGAAUCAUGCCCAUGAACGUUUUUACAGUUGUGGACAUUGUGGAAAACGUUUUUUAAGACAAGAGACCUUGUUGUUACAUCAGAAAGAAUGGCAUGGGUUUCUUGGAUCCAGGAGUUCAGGUAAAUUUGAUGAGGACCGCGAAAACGGUAUAGAUAAAUCAUAUCCUUGCAAGAUUUGUGGCCUGCGUUUCUUUUGGUUAUCAGACUUGCAGAGCCAUCUGCUUAAUCAUUCUUAUAUCAGCAAAGCAACUGAUGAUCCCACACAAAAAGAGAACAUACAGGAACAAGAUGAGAGUAGUCCUAAAAAAAGUGCCUCCCAUUCUCCUGAUGAUUCUACUGACCGAUCAUAUCGUUGUGGCUUGUGUGGAGGACACUUUAAUUGCUUGUCAGAUUUGAAAGACCAUCAUCUUUCAGAUCAUCCAGAUGAGGACUCUUCUGAGCCAGUAUCUGAGAUUAAACGACAAUCAGUUAAUUAUUAUGGUAUAAUGCGUCAAACAGUUUCAAAACACCAAACUCAACGAAUGGAUCUAUUGAGGCCACGAAUGAGAGGUAGACCAAGAGGAGGUGCUUCCAGAGGUAAUCCACACUCUAAAGUAUUUCCUUGCAAACAAUGCCAUCGUGUUUUUGUACACUCCAGUAGCCUUUCCCGACAUAUGCGAUACCAUAAGGGUACCCUUCACACAUGCCUUUAUUGUGGGAGACACUUUCCACAAAGAUGUGAUGUCACAAGGCAUGUUGCCAUGUACCAUAGUUCAGACAUAAAGCCUAAGGCAGAUAGUGAAAAAUUAGACCAAGAAGAUGAAACUGCUACACGUGAGUCACCAAAAAUGGAGACAGGCAAUGGGAGUGAUCAUGAAGAUCAGGACACUGUAGACCAGCAGUCACCAAAACCACCAGACAACGAGGAGUUGCCAGAUACUCAAGAGACCUCUCUACUCAAACCCCGGAUGACCUACAAAUGCAAGGACUGUGGUAGAGUCUUUAGGCUACUUAGCGUAUUUCAGCGACAUGGCCGAUACCACAGAAUAAACCCUUCUCGGGUAUUGUUAAGUUGUCCUCGUUGUCCAUGUCGCUUUACCUUCCGCUCUGCUCUUGAGCGCCAUCUAGAGAAUCAUGAUAAAGAAGGAUCCGAGAAGCAUGGUCAGGAAGCAUCCCCAACAGAGGCAGAGACAAAUACAGAGUAUGUGGAAAAUGAUGAUGAUUUGAGUGUUGAACGGAGUGAGUCAGAUGCUGAAUCAAAAGAUGUAUUAUAUGAAUGCACUGAAUGUACUGAGACUUUCACAGAACUACAGCUAUUCCUCAAACAUCAAAGCACUCAUGGUUGAAAGACAAUUUGAAGAGAGGGCAUCUUGAUCUGUUUCAUACAAUGCCACAGCUGUGAUGUUGUGCAACAAAUCAAGUACAUACAUCAAGUACAUCAAGGUUUUCUAAAAUAGUUUCAAAAGUGAAAACUGAAUUUGUACUAAAAAUUGGUACUUUGAACCAUUUGUUUCCUACUGUGAAGGUUCUUACACCUAGCUGUCUAUCCAUCUUAAUUUUUCACUUACAUUUAGUCACUUACCCUGAAACAUUGGGUUUGUCCUCUACAGGGCCCCACUCAUAUCUGACUUUGCAGUGUGUACUCAUUUGAUAUUGAAUGUCUUCAGAGCUGCCACUUACUGAUUACCAAGACCAUUUGAUUUACAUGUUUAGUUCCCUUCCCAGUUUUCUUUAGUAGGCUCUGGUUAAAUAUUGGGUGGUGUACUGCUCAUAGAAAUAAGUGUUUCCAUUAUUUUAACAAUUUUUAAAAAGAUGUACUGAAAAAAGUAUUUGUAUGCACAGUAUAUAUAAUUGGUGCCAUCAGGUUAUAUAGCCUCCUUUACAGCAACUGACUACAGAGAAUAAAUUCUAAUUUACUGCUAAAACCCAAGAUGUACCCUUAAAAUAACAGCCUGGUCUGGCAUUUUGGUUCUGUCAGGUUCAGCCAUUAUUGUCAGAAGUCCAGAGUGAAAUCAUGUUAGUUGAUUUUGUUAGAGCUAUGGGUACAGUUGUAAUUAAGUUCACUGAUGCAGAAAUUUGAAGAUUUGUAUUGAGGGCUUUCUCGGGACUAAAAUCAUGCUUGUUUACAAAAUGCACCCCAGGUCCAUUGCCAAGGAAAAGUGCUUUUAAUUCAGAAGACUAACUUCAAAUAUAAUGACUGCAUUUGCAGUUAGGAGACCAAUUGUGAUUUGAGGACAAGUUAGUUCUGAAUUUUCAUCUGGCUUUAUCCUGUUCUGCUGUAAAGACUAUACAUAUAUAUUUGUAAUUGUUUCUGUGGUGUGAGGUGAUUUUUUUAAUAAUGACUGAAACAACUGCAGAUCUCUUGUGUACUUGUAUUAAUAAAGUUCAAUAUUUUA